AUGGAGGUUCCCACCCGUGAGGAGCGCGAGGAUCCGUUUGCGGGCGAUGGCUUUGACGCGCGUCGGGCUUCUGCCAUUGCUGCUGCUUCCUCUGUAGACGACAAUACCAUCCUGGGUGGUGACGAUGAUGGUGACGAUGGCGUCGACAACGACCACCAGGACACCACCAUCCUCACACAGGGCCAGGCGGCCCAUCAAGGCGAAGAUGCAGCAGCAGAAGACGUCGAUGACUAUCCUGCCAACCUGCCUCCCCGGCCCCCCGGCCGGCUCAGCUUUGUGCGCCCCGGCACGCCGCAGUUUGGCGUCGGCGGCGGUGGCUCCUACUCCUCCUCCCGGCCGCCGUCGAGGGCCUUCUCAGUGCGUAACCUUGACCCCCGCCGUCGCCUCCGCCUCUUCCUGCUGGGUGACGACCGCCGCGACGGCAGCGGCAGUGCCGCUGCUGGCGGUGAUGGCAGUGCUAGUAGCAACAGCAGCAGUGGCAGGAUCGGACGGCAGCAGCGGCAGCGGCGGCGGCAGCGGCAGUCGCUCUCGGCAAGGAUCAUGGGCUUAUUCAGUCACAAGCGAAAGGUAUCGGCGUUGUCGUCGUCUGCGGACCAGCAGGCUGAGGCGGUAGCUGCUGCUGCUGCGGCGGCGGCGGCGGCGGGUCGCGUCGUGACCGUACAUCUGCCGGAUCCGAUUCUUCUCAAGUUUCUCUUUGUGGGCGGUAAAGGCGCAGGCCAGACUUCGCUGCUUGUCAAGGCUUAUUACAACUUCUUCCCCGACACCGUGGGCAGCCAUCGGCCCAACUAUGUGGCCUUUUACCUACCGCGCCGGUUCCACGACAAGGCCGUGUCCAUCGAAUGCUAG